GAUAUUCUAGAUUUUUAUAAGGAAUGAUUAGAUGUUGACUCCUCAUUCCUAAUCCUUCCCCAAUCCCAAUCCUUGGGUGACUCAUUCUUAAAUACUAAUCCUCUCCUUUCCUCAUCCCCAAACAAACACCAACACAUCAAUCUAUCAAUAAAUUAUAAUCGGAACUGAAAAACGUCAUAAAUUCAAAAUCAAUAAACUAGCGAUCUUGGAUCAUCAAUCAUCAUACAAAAAUGUCACAAAGUUUAGGGAAAAUGAUAAAAUUAGCGAUAUUAGACUUCAUAAUGUCGUUUGGAUGGAUGUUUACUGUUUCGACACUCGGCAUAGCGACGUUUUUAAUGGCGGAAUUCGUAGGGGUGGAUAAACAAAGCAACUUGAUUCACGCUGUAUUCAUGGCGGUUAUAAUGAUUCAUAUCCUGAUUUGCGAAGUUAUGGCGAUGGUACUUGGUGGUGCAAGUUUCAAUCCCACUUUUAACGCUGCCAUGUUUACCGCUGGUCUUGGUGGUGAUUCUCUCUUUUCUAUGGCUCUCCGGUUUCCUGCACAGGUUGUUGGUGCUGUAGCAGGUGCUUUAGCAAUUUCAGAAGUGAUGCCGAGUGAAUACAAACACAUGUUAGGGGGACCUUCAAUAAAAGUUGACUUGCAUACUGCAGCCAUGGCAGAAGGGCUAUUAACUUUUCUUAUAACCUUGGCUGUCCUGAUCAUUAUCCUAAAGAUUCCAGGUGGCAUGUUGGUCAAGACAUGGCUGCUUGCUAUGGCUACUGUAACUUUGGUUGUUCUUGGAUCCAGUUAUACUGGGCCUUCAAUGAAUCCCAUCAAUGCCUUUGGAUGGGCAUACAUUAGAAAACAACACAACACUUGGGAUCAGUUUUAUGUUUACUGGAUAUGUCCCUUCAUUGGUGCAAUUUUAGCUGCUUGGGUGUUCCGAAUCCUCUACCCACAACAGCGUAAAAAGCAGAAGAAAGCUCAAAAGAACAGGAAAGCUGACUAGAUUGGUUCCGAUGUAACAAAGAAAUUGACUAGUUAUAAUUGAUGUGGUGAUUUUCACCACUUUCUAUUAUCAUUUUUAAUGAAUUGUGAGAUGAUACUAUCUAAGAUAAUAUGGUUACAGUGCACUAGACCCUCGAGUUUUCGACUAGAAGUUAAAGGCGUAAAGCAUAGCAUGUGGAGGAAUGCUUGGCUUCCAAGUUCAAACAAUGACGUUCUAAGUUCCAAUGGAUGCAAAGAAUGUAUUUUGAAUGGUUUGCUCCAAGCCUCUCUUUGUCUUCAAUGCAAUAUACCCUCAAUUGCUUCACUCAAAUUGAUGGUAAUUGGUAAUUGGACACUCAAGAAGAUAGGUUCACUCAAAAUGAUCUUGGAACGGUUCUGGAUUUUCAAAGUUCGAUGUUACUCUAGAAACUAUGAGGGAAAUUUUUAUUUUUUUUGAUAUGAGAAUGUUUUUUUUUAUAUAUAACUUUAGGGCCGUGUGUUAUAUGGUUUUCAGUUUUUUUUUUAAAUUAAAACCAACAAUAGGAAACAAGAAAAAGUAGAUUUUACUUAUUAGUUGUUUGUUUCGAAAUCAUCAAUGAAAUGUGUUGCGAUAAAGUUUCCUAAAUAUGAUAAAGUUUACCGAAAUUG